AUGGUCAAAACAUGGACGUUUGCCCUGAGGACUUUAUUCCAACCAGCCAUUAAACUUGCUAAAGAGGGGUUUGUGGUUUAUCCUUAUCUCGAAUCAUCCAUUUCUAGUAGUGCGAACAAAAUAAUGGCUGACCCGGGCUUACAGCUAGUAUAUGCACCAAAUGGGAAAUUGUUACAAGCCGGGGAUACAUGCUACAAUGCGGAACUUGGCCGCAGUUUGGAGGCAGUAGCAGAACAAGGGAUACAAGCCUUCUAUAAUGGAACAAUUGGGGAAAAUCUAGUAAAGGAUGUGAAAGAGGCUGGUGGAAUUUUGACAAUGGAAGAUUUGAGGAAUUACAAAGUGGAUGUUAUGGAUGCAAUGUCCGUGAACGUAAUGGGCUACACUAUCUUAGGCAUGCCACCUCCAUCCAGUGGAACAGUCGGAAUAUCUCUGGUUCUAAACAUCUUGAAUAGCUAUGGGAGUCCCAAUGCUGCAAAGGGACCUCUGGGGUUACAUCGCCUGAUUGAGGCAUUAAAAUUUAUGUUUGCUGUCCGGAUGAACCUGGGUGAUCCCAACUUCGUGAAUAUCAGUAAGACUAUCUCUGACAUGCUUUCCCCUUCUUUUGCCAAGAAACUUCAACAAAAAAUAUUCGACAACACGACUUUCCCUUCUGAAUACUAUAUGCACAGGUGGAGCCAGCUUAGAGAUCAUGGAACCAGCCAUUUGUGUGUUGUGGAUGCAAAUCGAAAUGCAGUGUCACUGACAACCACUAUAAACUAUGGUUUUGGAGCUGGGUUGCUCUCUCCUUCCACUGGUAUUGUGCUCAACAAUGAAAUGGACGACUUCUCGACACCAACAGAAAUAUCUCCCGAUAAACUCCCUCCUGCACCAGCCAAUUUUAUCAGACCAAACAAGAGACCCUUAUCUUCCAUGACACCUAUCAUUGUUCUCAAGGAUAAUGAAUUGGUCGGGGUCGUUGGAGGUAGUGGUGGUCUAUACAUAAUUCCAGCUGUGAUACAGGUUUUUCUAAACCAUUUUGUCUUGGGAAUGGAACCUCUAGCGGCAGUUCAGAGUGCAAGAGUCUACCACAAGCUAAUACCAAAUGUGGUUUUAUAUGAAAACUGGACGGUCAUCGAUGGUGAGCACAUAGAACUCUCGGACGAGAAAAAGCAGUUCUUGGAAGAGAGAGGUCAUCAACUUCAGGCUAAAGCAGGAGGAGCUGUCUGCCAGUUUGUUGUUCAAAACAUUAACAACCCGAUUGAAAUGGGCCGUAAAAACCGAAAAGUGCCUGUAGACCAAGUAUUCAGAGGAACACUUACUGGUGUUAGUGAUCCUAGGAAAGAUGGGAGGCCUGCUGCUAUCUGA